CUUUGAGUAGGAGGAGUCUGGAGCCUGGAGGCAGCUCAGUGUCAGACGGUGCUCUGAGGCCGCCGUAUCUCCACCGACAUGUCCGCAGAUAACCAGGAGACCAAAGCACAUGAGGAAAACUCCUCAGACUGAACAAAAGGAGAUGGAGGAUAAGGUGAUCAGCCCAGAAAAGGCAGAAGAGGCCAAAUUAAAAGCAAGGUAUCCUCAUCUGGGUCCUAAACCAGGAGGCUCAGACUUCUUGAGAAAACGGCUACAGAAAGGGCAAAAGUAUUUUGACUCUGGGGACUACAACAUGGCUAAAGCAAAGAUCAAGAACAAGCAACUUCCGGCUGCUGCUCCGGACAAGACAGAAGUCACGGGAGAUCAUAUUCCUACUCCGCAAGACCUUCCCCAGAGGAAACCUUCCCUUGUGGCCAGCAAGCUGGCUGGUUGAGGAGCCGGCCCGCCUGCAUGAACACCGCCUCAUUUCCAUCUCUCUUCCUUUCUAAACCUUUUUUCUGUGCUCCUCCCCGAACACUAAUAGUCAGUCUGGCAGUUUAGCGGGCCAUAGUAGUGCAAGCUGCUGUCUUGAGUGUGAAGUUCUGUAGUCGCAGAUUAGUCGUCUCAAACCGAUGCACUGAUAAACCGAUCUGUUUUGGUAUAGCAAUGUAAAGUCACUUACUUGAAAUCAAGACUAUGUACAUAAAGGCUUUUUCCUGGUGGUAGGACAGGUGUGAACAAUGGACACUAGCGUUUUACCAUUUUUAUGGUCUGCUUUUUUUUUUUUUCUUUCUAUCUUCUAGUCUUCAUACUGUAUUAAGUUUUGUAUUUAAGAUUUUCUUAGCUUUUUUUUUUCCCCUUUUUUGUUCAUUUUUAAGGUUAAGACCACACAUUUAUGUUUUGAGAAGGGAGUAAAGCAAAGCUGUCAAAUCAGAUUGGGUUCUCGAGGGUUUUUCUCACUCUGCCCUUUUAACUUGAAUGGCCUUAAACCUUUCUCAGCUUUAACGAUAGGAUUUGACUUGGGCAAUAUUUGCCCACACUGCUGUAACCCUUUGGGAACCUAGUACACUAUGAAAGGGAGCCCUAGUUGAAGCUGGCGUCUGUUCCUGGUAGAUCCUUCUGUUGAAGACGUGGAUGAAGUGCGCAUGUGCAUAGACUGUUGAAUUCACUUCUGUGCCAUUUUGUAAAUACAAUAGUUUUGCACAACCUUUUUGCAAACGUGUACUAAUUUUUACAGUUUACAAUAUUAACGUGUAAAUCUGUAGCGCAUUUUAGCUCCUUUUUAAAUUCCCAGCAGUGGUUUUCUGUUACCAGGCUUAUCGCAAUCAUCCUAAAUUCAUGACUUCUGCGUGAAUUUAUGCAUGAUUUUGUUUUAUUGAGGCAAACAAACCUUCUGUGAAAUUCGUGCAAGGCAAGCUGGAAGACUCCUGCCUUGCUGCUGUAUGUUCACCUGACUGGAGGUGCAGUGGUUACCCUCUCCUUGUAUCCAACCUACACUUGUAGACAUGCCAGAACUGCAUGCGGUGACCCCCGUUACCAUGGACCUGCAUGUCGCUGAGAUCCACAUGCAUCCAUCUGUGGCAGUAAAAAGGUGCGUGCUAGGCCAACCAGAGACGGCCAUCAUUACUGUAGGUAUUGCUGAUCUACAGCUUCUUAGGAGAUGAGGAGACUAAUGUUAUCCAUCCCAAAAUAGGCAUGUGUCCUAGUGACAUACAUUGCCUCGUGUAAGGUUUGUAUCAGGGUUGUGAUCAGCAUAUAGUCUAUGUGAAUAUACUUUUGGGACACACACAAAAAUAAAUAUAGAAUAAAACCGUAAUUUAUGAAUUAACUCUACAUUUUGUUACUCUGCUAAACCCUUGAGGUAUAUAAUAUUACUGUGCUUCUUGAUGUCCUGCAGUUGUUAACUGGUAUCGACAUUUACAAGUAGUUUAAUGUUGCAUAAAGCCUCCAAUAAUGCUGGAUAUACUGAACAUUUAUGAAUAUUGUUAAUAAAGAAUGCAACUGUA